UCGACAUGGCAUCCUCUUUGAUUUGCAGCGAAACUCAGAGCAGGGUGAGUUCGGUGCUAAACAGGGACGUGAAGCAGUUUGGAAAGAAGUACAUGUUUGACUGCAAUGAGGAGACAUGCUGGAACUCAGACCAGGGUGAAUGUCAGUGGGUGUCUCUGGGGUUCCCCCAAUCGGUCAAGGUGUCUGAGUUAAAGGUCCAGUUCCAGGGGGGCUUCUCAGCAAAAACAUGCAGACUAGACGGUUGCCAAAAAGAUGGAGCCUUUACAGAGAUCAUCCAUUUUUAUCCAGAGGACAACAACUCUCUUCAGCGCAGUUUUCCAACAGCCUUGGUGAGCGGAGGGGUGUUCAGUUGAUUUGCAAUCUGCAACUCCACCACUAGAUGUCACUAAAUCUUACACACUGGUGCUUUAACAACUAUUUAACUCAACUGCAUUGAUCACAAUUUACAACCACAU